UUUGGCCCCGGAGACGAGACGUUUGUGUUGCAUGUCACCGCGCCGUCGCAACGCGUUCAGGGACACGGCAGGCGUCCCGAUGCGCUUUUUCGUGGCCUAUUGAUUGAAAGAUACUAACAGAGAAUAUCAGUUGGCCUCUCGUCGCGUCCAGCAUCAACACAUCCGACGUUGCUGUUGGAUGAUGACUGAGCAAUAUUUCUGGGACAAAUGAGGUUAAUUUUACAUCAUCCUUUUAAACCCGAAGCCCGCCUCAUGUGACCGAUAUAAUUCAGACAAGCUAAACAAUUGAUUCGCAUGAGUAUAUAUCUAUUAUUUCAUUUUAUUUGAUUCUGUCUGAUACACAUAUCUUUGAUUGUACAGUUACGGAUGUCUGCGUUCAUUAAAAGGGGUGACUCAUAUGACUGCUCCGCUCUCAAGCAGUAUGGGCUGAAGUGCUCGUCUAUAGCUGCUUGCCAUAGCUGUAAGCGGCUUCUUGCUGCCCCACCAGAAGAGGGCGGGAGCAGGCCAGACUAUCAUCGCAACCUCCUCAAUGACUUAUUCGAGAUGAUGCGGUCGUUGGACGAGGUACACGCAGAGACAUUGCUGAAGAUGAUUCGGGGCAAUACCACUUUUGAGCAGAUCCAAUCUUAUAUGGAUCAGGCCUUGAGUAGCAUGCUUGUACACUGUACGGAUGAGGAUACACAUCGCAACCUCCGGAAUGUCCGGCAUAGGAUGGAGGCUUACAGUAGAGUACCAUCCUUCCGACCAAAUAUCGUGGACGUCCACUACUUGGGCGGCAUCGUUCCAUACAAAGCUUCUGCGAAACCCUGGACAACAGUGACUGAUGAUGACGCUCUAGUGUCUCAUUUGGUCUCUUUGUAUUUUACUUGGGACUACCCUUUCUAUGCAUUUGUUGACCGCGAUGUCCUCAGUAGACAUAUCCUCAUCGGCAAUGUUAAUUCUGACUUUUGCAGUCCCUUUCUUGUCAACGCUCUACUUGCCAAUGCUUGUCACUAUGCACAGUACUCCGAGGCUUAUUCACUGCCAGGGGAUAUAAAAGUUAUGGGUACCGAAUUCCUGGCCGAAGCUGAACAGUAUUUGCAAACCCAUCAGUUCGAAACGGGCAGCGGUAUGCGCUUGGCUUCGUUGCAAGCAACGCUGCUAUUGUAUGAGAGGUACUCCAUGUCAGGCAAUAGUGACCACGGCUACUUCAUGCUUCAUCGAGCAGUUGAGAUGGCGGAAGCACUGGGAUUAAUCAACAGCCCACGACUAAAUAUCAACCAGUCAAACAUGUCUUCUGACAUGAUAUCUUCAAUCAAGAGAACUGCAUGGGGCUUGUUUCAAAUCGACACGGUGGUUCACGCGAACUUUCUCCGGCCCUGCCGCGUCUUGGAAGUGAGUGUCGAGCAAAUCGACCGCGACGAGACAGAUGAAAUGGACCUUUGGGUUGCGUAUCCGAUCAAUAAAGAGGCCAGACGGUCUUGGAUGAGUCAAUAUUUCGACGAGGCCUGCAGGCUCUCCACUAUUGCAAGGGACAUCUCGCGUAUUUUCCUUCCCGACCAGGAUCCUGGGUUUGACAUAUAUGAGCACAAAAGAGUGCUGUAUGAAAAGCUUCGUCAAUGGGAUCAGGAACUGCCCAAAUGCUUUUCACCAGCUGAACGGCCCGCGGCGCAUAUCAUUCUUUUAAGACUCCGGUACCACGCCCUGCUCAUAAACCUGUUCUUUGAUUGCUUUGGUGGAAACCCACCGUUCUAUGCACCACAGCAACAGGAGGCCCAGCAACAGUUCGGCUCAACCAUUUAUGACGGUACGCUAGAUACAGCGCUCGCAUCUGCUCGAGAGAUAUCUGCUCUUGUUCGGCUACACCGAGACCAAUACGGUCUAGUUCGGGCUCACCAGUACAUAAUGUAUACGAUAACAUUGGCACUGUUCACAAUGCUCGAACAGAAGUCUUUCGACGUCCUGGAUUAUGAAUUCCUUUCCUUGACAAAUUCAUUUUCCACAGUCGCUAGUUGCUCCCAGCUUGGAAAGGAUAUCUUCCGCAUCUUCUGUCAAUCAGUGAGGAUCCGGUGCCAGGAAGAGCAAGAUCUCGAUAUGGAGACGGGGGAAAUGGAAAGGCCGCCUUAUGGUCCAAGUAGCGUGGCAGUUACACCGGAUCGAUGGAAUGACUACGCUGAAGGAUUGCGGAAACUAGCUGAUCAUGAUGGUGGCGAGGAGGGAUCAUCACACUAUACAGCUUCAGGUAUUGAAGAAAUGCUCAGCAUGUAUGAGACCAUGAGCCUAGGGAAGGAAGGCAAUUUGCAAUUUCGGCAGCAAUCCAGUUCCUUCCGCUUUUCACCAUCCCCAGAAUGAUUAUACACAGCCCCAGGCAUGACGAGCUGGAAAGCUCGUCAUAGUGGUUUCAGCUAAGUGUCUAAGCUCAGAACGCUGAGAUUGAAAGGAUAAGAGUAUUAUUUUCUUCUUUCUUUUUCUCUUUAUAUAUUGUCUUUUGGACCACUGCGAAAAAUAUAAGAAAAGCCGGAAGCCUAUAUAUUUAGUACACAUUAUUUGAAUGAACACGAAGUUAUGAUAUCCAAGG